AUGGCGCAGGAUCCUCGUGCACUGCUGCAGAAGGCAGACAAGAUGCUCGCCAGCGCAUCUGGUGGCUUCGGCUUCUUCAGUAACAAGGAGAGCAAGUAUCAGGAUGCCGCAGACCUCUACAGUCAAGCCGCCAACGCUUAUAGGAUGCAAAAGAACAACCGAGAAGCAGGACAAGCAUUCGAGAAGGCUGCACAAGUCCAGAUCAACAACCUGAAGGACCCGGACGAUGCCGCCAACACCUAUGUCGAUGCGUUCAAGGUCUACCGUCAGGAUAACCCCGAGGAUGCCGCGCGGUGUCUCGAAUUCUCUAUCAACCAGUACUGCACAAAGGGCAACUUCCGAAGAGCCGCAUCACACAAGGAGAAUCUUGGCGAUCUGUUCGAGAACCAGCUGGGCGACAUGAAGCGCGCACUCGAGGCGUACGAGGCUGCUGCUGGGUGGUAUGAGAGUGACGGAGCUGCUGCGCUUGCGAACAAGCUCUACCUCAAGGUCGCCGACCUCUCUGCCCUCGACGGUGACUACAACAAGGCGAUCGAGCACUACGAGAAGGUCGCACAGCAGUCCAUCAACAACAACCUGAUGCGCUACAGCGUCAAGGAGUACUUCCUCAAGGCAGGAAUCUGCCACCUCGCUACCAACGACCUGAUCGGCACCCAACGGGCUCUCGAGAAGUAUCGCGACAUGGACCCGAGCUUCGGGACGCAGCGCGAGCACCAGCUGCUAGUGGAUGUGAUUCAGACCGUCGAGAACGGCGACCCAGAGGGCUUCGCCGACAAGCUCUAUGCCUAUGAUCAGAUGAGCAAGCUCGACAAGUGGAAGACUGCCAUUUUGCUCAGGGUGAAGGGCAACAUUGUUGAGGAGGGCGAGAAGGACGAGUUCUCUUAG